AUGGAAGACUCCUGCUGCUGCCGAGCAGGAAGGAGCAUUCCGCAAACAGGAAACGGGGAGGUGAUCUAUCAGUUUGUGGUGCAGCAUGAGGAAAAGGGAAUCUACUACGUGCUGGGAACUGAUACGGAGCAUGAGAGAGAUCGAUGGAUGAGAAGCCUCAAGGACUGCAGCUUGCGGCUCAGGUUCCUAGCGCGUCAGCGUCUAGGUGGAGGAGGAGGCUCUCGUUCGCCCUCAGUAGAGCCCGUAGAUCCCGACCAGUCCACUUCCUCCAGGAACUCUCGACGAUUGCUCAAGGAGGAAACGGACAGUGUGGCAUCCUCCGAUCACUUCAACUCAGAAGAGGAUCUUCAAGACGUGAUCAGCAAUGCCAGCGCCUCUUCUCUCCUCGACCGCAAGUUUGCCGACAAGUGGAGGGUCGAGGAGAAUGCCAUGAACGAGGCUCUCACCCGCCUCUUCAAGCUCGCGCAUGCGCAUGAGCGGCGAGAAAGCGACGAGGGAGGAGAGACGGAGGAAGGCGAGGAGCGUGAGGUCAUCUGCCGCGUGCCCGGGGCAGUAGCAGCUCGGAGUCAGCUGGUGGUGGAGGCGAAGGGCGAGCAGGCGCUCUCUCACUUGCUCUAUCGCCUUCCCAGCGGCCAAGACUUCGACCCCUCGUUCCAGGCAGCUCGGCUGCUCUACCACGACGGCCAUCAGACGUCAGUCUGGCACCUUCGCUUCACCUCCCCCUGGCCCUUCGCCCCGCGAGACUUCUGCUUGAUGAUGACGUGGCGCCACGUCCUCCGCGACUCCUCCCGCGCCCUCUGCGUCGCCGACGAGACCAGCGGCGAGGGCUACGCGCUGGCCAUUACGUCAGUUAUGCAUCCACUCUGCCCGACAGUGAGGGACCGACCGCAGCUGGACGCUACUGACUGCCGGCAGGUCCCUGGGGUCGUUCGGGGGCAUCUCCCAGCUGGAGGGUACACCUUCUUCCCGGUCGGCGACUCCUCCUGCCUCGUCACUGCUGCUGCUGCUGUCUGGGCCCCCGGCCUCGGCCACCUCAUGGGCAUAGCCCCUCCCUUCGCUCGCCCUGAAGCACUCGAGAGGCUGCGAGAGAGUUUGAGCCGCGCGAGCUCAAGGCUGGAGAACUUUCCCUCUCUGACCUCCCGCAGCCUCCGCAGCCUCGUCGACCUCCCCUUCGACGGCUCCGGUCGGCAACUGGUCGUACAAGCGGCAGGGGGGCGACAGGAGGAGCGACCGAAGAUGUUCGGGUGGCUCUACAAGCGGCGGGACCAUAUGAACGGGACGAGGAAGAGAUGGUUCGAGCUCAAAGGCUCCAUGCUCCGAUACUACAUCCAUCCCCACGACAACAGCCCCAGAGGCAGCUUGGACCUUCACUCCUGCCUGGUCUCCGUCAAGAACAUCUCAGAAGGCUCAGCAGCAGAGCAGUCUCUCGGCCUCUUCCUCAUCGUCAUCUACCUGUCUCUGACUCCCUCCACCUCCUCCUCCUUCUCCUCCACUUCUCCCUUCCCCUCUCCUGCUCCUUUCCUCCUCACCCACGCCAACUUCCUCCUGUGA